AAACCGCUCUUGCGGCCGCGCCUGAGUGCCGGGCAGGGCCCGCGGCCGAAGGGCGGCGAGCGCUGGGGCGGUGGGGCUGUGUCCGCUCAAUGGCGCCGGCCCCGGGCCACGCUGGGACGGGCCGGGGGAUACCGACAGGGACACGGGGACACUGCUGGGAGCCCCAGGCAGAGUCCUGACCCGAGCACGCACAUCCUGCCCCGUACCGGGAAGCGUCCAAGGCCAGGUUGGACGGGACUUGGAGCAAGCUGCGAUAGUGGAAAGCGUCCCUGCCCAUGGCAGGGAUGGCACUGGAUGAGCUCCAAGGUCCCUUCCAACCCAACCCAUUCCAUGGUUCUGUGUGUGUGUAAAAUUUGCUGAACUCAUUCCUCUGCAGACUGCCAAGAUUGAUGCUGAAGGGAACGUCUUUGACUUUAAUUUCAAAGGCAUCUGCUGUUAUUCUCUACCAAGACUGAAGGAAAUACUCUGAUCGUCUGCUCUGUGUUGUUACUGCACGUCACCGAUGAUAAAUCCAUGUUUGAUGUGUGUGAUUUAGCAGUGAGCAGUGCCCCACUUGGAUGCUUGCACUGGCUUUGAAGUCCUGCUUACACCAGACCAAAUGUGCAGUGAAAACCUGUCACCACACUGAGUUAUGCGAAUUAAACAAAUUAUUGUUUCAUAUUGAGGUUCCUUACGGAAUAUGUUUAGAUUCAAAUGCAAUAUUCUUACAGGAGAUGAGUUACACUAUUUAUCCUAUUUUUUGUGACUUGAAAACCUUGUAAAAUGGCAUUUUCAUACAAAAACAUAGUCAGAUGCGGUGUUUAAAACUAUCCAUGGGAGUAAAGAAAAGAAUAAAUAUCAACUACUGGACUUUAAAGAAAUCAUUUUGCUUCCCGAAUCCUUUAUCAUGCACCCAUGCACAGACAGACAGCAGCUGAUGAUUUCUCCUCAUCAAAAUCUUCCACUCUGACCACAGCCUAUAAAGAAAACUACAAAAAACCAGUGGUUUGAAAAGCUACUGUGAAGUACAAAAGUACAACAAUGAAAAAAUUGUACUCAAAACUCUACAAAGAGCCUGAGAAGAUGAAGCAGUGGAAACUGUGGAAUCAGAACUAAACCAGAAAGUGCAAGAAAAUAGAAAAGUUAUUGAAGCACAGCACAAAGCCAUUCAAGAAUUGCAGCAUGAGUUCCUUCUUUGUGAUGUCUCUCCUCUUUGGCCUGAUUUUCGGACAAACAGCAUCACUCUGUGCUCCUUCUGAGUACACAAUCCAUGUGGAGAAACGGGAAUGUGCCUAUUGCCUGGCCAUCAACACCACCAUCUGCGCUGGAUUCUGCAUGACUCGGGACAGCAAUGGCAAGAAGCUGCUCCUCAAGAGUGCUCUGUCCCAGAACGUGUGCACGUACAAAGAGAUGCUGUACCGGACAGCGCUGAUCCCAGGCUGCCCUCACCACACCAUCCCCUAUUACUCCUACCCCGUGGCUGUGAGCUGCAAGUGUGGCAAGUGCAACACUGACUACAGUGACUGUGUCCAUGAGAGGGUCAGGACAAACUACUGCACUAAGCCACAGAAGCUCUGUAACCUGUAAAGCUUUCAGUGGGCUGCAGGAGAAAUGUACUACUCUGCUCACACCUGAACUGAAAUAAAAGUGAAUUUCAUAUUCGGUUUGCAAA